UGUUCGUAAAUUCUGAUUGUAUUUGACGAGUAGGAUCGCGAAAAAGAAUGACACAAUCAAUAGUUGUUCAAGUUGGACAGUGUGGGAAUCAGAUUGGCUGUAGAUUCUGGGACUUGGCAUUACGAGAGCAUGCAGCUGUUAACAAGAGCGGAUUGUAUGAUGAAUCUAUUGGAAGUUUUUUUAGAAAUGUUGACUCGCGCUAUGAUGAUCCAACAGACAUCCCAUUAGGGACAGGGAGAGGAAAGAUCAGGUCGCUGAAAGCCAGGGCUGUAUUAGUGGAUAUGGAGGAAGGAGUAGUUAAUGAGAUGAUGAAGGGACCCCUUAAGGAAGUGUUUGACUUCCAACAACUCAUCACAGACGUAUCGGGUGCAGGAAACAAUUGGGCUGUUGGUCACAAGAUGUAUGGUACCCAGUACAAGGAGAAACUGACCGAUGUGAUUCGAAGGGCAGCAGAGUUUUGUGAUUGUCUCCAGUGUUUCUUUGUCAUCCAUUCCAUGGGAGGAGGUACCGGUUCUGGAGUGGGUACUUUCAUUUUGAACCUGUUGGAAGAGGAGUAUCCAGAUAUAUACAGGUUUGUUACUGCUGUUUACCCUUCAGCAGAAGAUGAUGUGAUAACAUCCCCUUACAACAGUGUACUUGCUAUGAGAGAGCUAACAGAAAAGGCUGAUUGUGUCUUACCAGUGGAGAACCAGGCACUGAUGGACAUAGUGAACAAGGUUGGAAAUUCUGUGCCGUCUUUGAAAACUGGUAAAAAAACCUUUUCAGGGCUGUCUGAGAGCAUGAAGGCUGGUAGUGCUAUUACAACAGGAGAAGGAGGUAUGGUCUCUAAGGUGGAGGAGCGGCCAUUUGACAGUAUGAACAACAUUGUGGCUAACCUACUUCUGAAUAUGACCAGUUCUGCUAGGUUUGAGGGUUCCCUAAAUGUGGAUUUGAAUGAGAUAACAAUGAACCUGGUUCCAUUUCCACGACUACAUUACCUUGUUUCCAGUCAAUCGCCACUCUAUGCCAUAGCUGAUGUGAAGCUGCCUCCCAGAAGACUCGACCAGAUGUUCUCAGAUGCAUUCUCUAAAGACCAUCAACUAUUACGUACAGACCCCAAGCGUAGCCUUUACUUAGCAUGUGCCUUAAUGGUCAGAGGCAAUGUGGAAAUUUCUGACGUCAGGAGAAACAUUGACAGAUUGAAACCAAAUCUACAGUUCAUUCAUUGGAACCAGGAAGGCUGGAAGACUGGUCUGUGUUCUGUGGCUCCAGUUGGUCAGCCUUACUCUCUUCUGACUCUCGCUAACAACACCUGUGUCCAUCACACCUUCACUGAGCUGAAGGACAGAUUUGUCAAACUCUACAAACGCAAGGCCCAUAUACACCAUUACACUCAUGUAGAUGGUAUGGAGUUGUCAGACUUUUCUGACAGCUUAGAUUGUCUCAGCUCAAUAAUCACAGAAUACACAGACUUAGAGAGGCAGCUUGGUAGUCCACCGCCAGCAGAACCAAGGUUAAAGGUCAUGACCUGAUGCUCUUAUCAUAUUGCUGAAUACACAGACUUAGAGAGGCAGCUUGGUAGUCCACCACCAGCAGAACCAAGGUUAAAGGUCCUGACCUGAUGCUCUGAUCACAUCACAGAAUACACAGACUUGGAGAGCAGCUUUGUACUCCAUAACAUCAGAACCAAGGUUAAAGGUCCUGACCUGAUGCUCUUAUCACAUUGCUGAAUACACAGACUUGGAGAGGCAGCUUGGUAGUCCACCACCAGCAGAACCAAGGUUAAAGGUCCUGACCUGAUGCUCUGAUCACAUCACAGAAUACACAGACUUGGAGAGCAGCUUUGUACUCCAUAACAUCAGAACCAAGGUUAAAGGUCCUGAC